AGGAACAGAACACAAAAGUCCAGGACACAACGAACAGACUGAGAUGGUCCCCUGGAAAAUGGUUUCUCAUUCAUUUUUCCUCCCAGACUGUCAACUGAAGUCACGAUGAUUGGACUAAUAGUGCUGGGGCUUCUGUGGGGAGAGGUCUCUUCAGACAUUCACUCUCUCCGGUAUGUUAUCACUGGUUUGACUCCGAUAACCGGUUUCCCAGAGUUUUUGAUUGUUGGUUAUGUUGAUGGCAUCCAGUUUGUUAUGUACAACAGCGAUCAGAAGAAGUUGAUCCCCUGGGAACAGUGGAUGGUGGAGAGUGAGGGACCUGAGGCCUGGAAGCGGAAACUAUUCCUUGCUCGGGAGCAGGAGCUGUCCUUCAAAAAUGAUAUUCAUAACUUAAAAGUAAAGACCAACCAAACAGACGGAGUCCACACACACCAGAUGAUGACUGGCUGUGACCUGAGGGAUGAUGGGACUGCGAGUGGGUUCAACCAAUAUGGAUGGGAUGGACGAGAUUAUAUCAGCUUCGAUAAGGAUCUUAUGGUGUGGGUGACUCCGGUACCCUGGGCAGAAAGCAUCAAAAACAGUUGGGAUCAGGAUGUAGUGGACAAGCAGCGGUGGAAGCAUUACCUGGAAGUGGAGUGUAUUGAAUGGCUGAGGAAAUACCUAGAGUAUGGACAGAGAGAACUGACAACGGUUGCUCCCAUCGUGUCCUUUAUCCGUCUGGGUGAUUCCAACCGGCUGUCCUGUCUCGUCACUGGGUUUUACCCACAAGCCAUCGAGGUGAUUCUGCGGAGGGAUGGAGUGUUGAUCGAUGAGACCCUGUCCACUGGGAUCUUACCUAAUCACAACAGGACCUACCAGAUCCGGAAAUGGGUGGAGUUUGAUCCAGAAGAUCACGUCGAGUAUUCUUGUCAGGUAGAGCACAGCGGGCUGGAAGAAACGCUGGUGGUGAUUUAUGUCCCAAAGUCUCACUUCCAGGUUCUUGCUACUGCCGGGAUUGUAUUCGGAGUCCUCGGGAUCAUCUCUCUCACUGUUGUGGCUGUCGUCUUUCACAAGAAGAAAGUCACCAAUUUCUCCUCCUCAACUGCAACUGAAAUCGCAAUGAUUGGACUGUUAGUGCUGGGUCUUCUGUGUGGAAACCUUUGUGCCGACACUCACUCUCUCCGGUAUUUCUUCACUGCUAUGACUCCAGUUCCUGCUUUCCCGCAGUUUGUGAUUGUUGGUUAUGUGGAUGGAGUCCAGUUUGUUACGUACAACAGUGAUCAGAAGAAUUUGAUCCCCCGGGAACAGUGGAUGGUGGAGAGCGAGGGGCCUGAGGCCUGGAAAAGGAAACUAUCCCUUGCUCGGGAGCAGGAAAGGAAUUUCAAAAACGCUGUCCUGAGCUUGAAGUCACGAAACAACCAAACAGAUGGGAUCCAUACGUAUCAAAUGAUGACUGGCUGUGACCUGAGUGAUGAAGGGAUGACAAGUGGAUUCAACCAAUAUGGAUGGAAUGGACAAGACAUCCUCAGCUUGGAUAAAAAUCAUAUGGUGUGGGUGACCCCAGUCUCCUGGGGAGAAAGUAUCAAGAACAGGUGGGACCAGGAUGUGGUGGACAAUCAGCGGUGGAAGCAUUACCUAGAUGUGGAAUGUGUUGAUUGGCUGAAGAGAUACUUGGAGUAUGGACAGCGACAACUGAAAGUCGUUCCCCCUGAUGUGUCCUUUACCCGUCUGGGUGAUUCUAACUGGCUAUCCUGUCUCGUCACGGCGUUUUACCCACAAGCCAUCGAGGUGACUCUGUGGAGGGACGGAGUGUUGAUCGAUGAGACCCUGUCCACUGGGAUCUUACCCAAUCACGACAUGACCUACCAGAUCCGGAAAUGGAUAGAGUUUGAUCCGGAGGAUCAGGCUGAGUAUUCCUGUCAGGUGGAGCACAGUGGACUGGAGGAGACGCUGGUGAUAAUUUAUGUCCCGACAUCUCGUUCCCAGGUUCCCAUGACUGUCGGGAUUCUACUUGGGGUCCUUGGGAUCGUUGCUCUUGCUGUUGCGGCUUUCUUCAUCUACAAGAAGAAAGAGAAAGUGAAGAAUGGCUACGAUCCCACAAACACUGAUGAUAGGACACCCUCAGACGGUUCUACCAAUACCUAAGAUACGAGUAGUGUUGGUCAAAAGUGAGAAGAAUGUUGUAACUGGGAAAUUGGAGCUGGUGUUAACUGCAAUCCGAAGGGUGAACGCUGAGCUCUGUGACUGUCUCCCUGCUGUCAAAAAAGACCAGCUCAUAUGGUUCAACACUGAACUUUAAGACUUACCUUCUGGAAAUAGUUGCUACAGUAUGGGCCUGAGCGUUAAGAUAUAUUGGAGGUGGGGUUUGGCAUAGAGAAAUAUCUCAAAACUACUUAUUGUGGAUAAGAUAAAAUAAAAAAAACUGCAGAUGCUGGAAAUCUUGAA